AGAACACGUACGGGGUCCUACAAUACAAUAGUGCAGCUACAAUUGAUAUUGACAGUACGGCAUCAUGGCUAGUCAAGGAUGGGAGAACAUACCUCCUCAUGUUUUAUUAAGUAUUUUCCAAUACUCUUCGCUAAAUACUGUUGGGGUAUCGGCUCAGGUGUGUCACACAUGGAAAGACGUGACUGCAGACAAAUCACUGUGGCGCAAUUUGAGUCUCGAGUUGGACGAAAGCAAAUUGGCAGAAUCAGCUCGUCGAGCUAUGGUGUUGACAAAAAAAUGUGCGGGUACCAUAAGAAGUCUCAGAGUUUCAUGUAAAGGAUGUAGCUACAACAUGAGAACUACGUUUAGCACUCUGAAGGACGUGAUGAGGAUAAUCUGGGGAGCCCAGCUGCGGGUUUUUGAACUGGAGUGGGUGUACCCUGACAUCCCUAAGACCACGGCAAUAAAGAGUUUCGCGUCAUUCCUCAAGAAAUUUCUCAAGGAUCAAAGGAGUCUGGAGAAGUUUUCAUUCAGACAUUCAAAUAUAGAACCAAAGCACGUGACAACAUUCCUGCAAGUCUUAGCCAAAUCUUCAGGGGAGACAAUCAAGUACAUUUCUCUGGACCACUUCUUCUCAGACUUCGAUGAAUACUUUUCUCUAGGACCAACUUAUGAAUUCAAUACCGCGUUAACAAAGUUUACGAAUUUAGAGUCACUGGAAAUAAAAUAUCUUUGCGAAGAGCUACUGCAAGAUCUAGGCAGAAGUCUGGGGACAAACUUCAAACAUUUGUCAAUCACUAUCGAUCAAUUAGAAGAGGACAUCCCCGACACGGCAUGGAGGUUGCUUACACAGUUCUGUCCAAACCUCGUGGUGUCCUUGAAGUUGCCGAGUGACACACCGAGUGACACACCUUACGUCAUUUUGUCUCCAAGCUUACCAUUGGUCGGUAUUACAGCACGGUUCAACGGCCAGUCGAAGACAGGAGAUCAGUUUUCACUAGCGAACAUAGCCGCCCUGUAUCAGCAAACACUCGAAGAUCUGCACAUCGGCCAUUUUAAGGAGUGGCAACUGACAGAGGACUUUUUGGGACAACUGGAAUCGUUCCAGAAACUACGGACGUUUUCAAUGUCCAUGACAGCAACAACAACACAAAACAUUAAGUUUUUAAAGGUAUUUUGUGAGAUGCUGAAAAGAAAAAACACCUUAAGAGAAGUCAGUUUAAACUUUGGUGACAGGAGAACGAUCGGCCCUCGGGUGCUGAAAGAAAUUGACAAUCUUAAGGAAGAUUUGAAGGAGUUUGUAGAUCGUGGCUUGGUCCUCAACUUCAAUUUACCAACGGCAGACCCGUUAAUGAUGGAGCUUAACAAACGUGAUACCAUUUAAAUAACCACGGGGUAGUUUGCCAAGGUUGGACCACUAGUUUGCCUAGGUUGGAGUUGUAUUUUAGUAUUGAUAUAAAUCUAAAAACAAAAUGUUUUUUUUUUUGUUUUUUUUUUGUACUGUUGAAAAAUAAAGAUUUUUUUUCUUGACAUGUAUAAAACAAAUGUAAAAAGUGACUUAACUAUAAACUAUUGUUUAUCCCAAAUUUACAAUGAUUAGUUUUAAAUUAUUUGUAAUUUAAAUUGAAGUAAUUAAAAAGAAAUAGUUCACAAACUAUGUCAAUAACUGUCCUUUAAAAAAAUGAUUGCAUGCCACGACCUAGCUAUGUUCGUGUGUUAUGACCAUAUUUUAGGGGUUAUGGGUACUUAUUUAAAGUUUUUUUAGUAGUUGAAUCAAUGAAUGUAAUAAUAGUUUAAUUUAGUAACUUAUGUAUGAACAAUUUUAUGAUGAAUCAUUUCUUUAAAUAGUCUGAAAAAUGUCUAUUUCAUUUGUGUUAAUAUAUUAAGUAAUUAAAAAUAAGUUUCCUUUUUUUUAAUAACAAUAGAAAAAUGUUGCAAAUUAUGUAUC